AUGAUCGCCAUCGUCUCUCUGCCCCUCCUUGCGGCCGCCAACAGCAUCGAGGCUCGCCAGUCGUGCUCCACCGGAGACCUUCAGUGCUGCGAAUCCACUGAGACCAUAGGAAUAUCGUCGACCUCUCGUGCUGGUUCCCCCGCCGGCGCGGCUCUCUUGGGCCUUCUGGGCGUCGUUGUUCAGGACGCGAACGUGCUCCUCGGUAUCAACUGCUCCCCUAUCACAGUGAUCGGUGUGGGCACUGGCAGCAGCAGCUCUGCUCAAGCCGUGUGCUGCGUCGACAACAGCCACGCAGGCGGGCUCGUGUCGAUCGGCUGCGUCCCUGUCAGCCUCUAG